AUAAAUCUUUCUGAACGAUUCUCAUCCCCUUCUUACCAAGAUUUUAUUAGGUUUGGAUUGAGUUCAUCCGCUGGCUCGGCACAAACCAGAGCUGAAAAUGGCGACCUUUCUUGAGCCCCUGAUUAGGAAGCCAACUGCUUUUAUCCACUGUCAUUGAUGAUAGGACUCGUCUUGAGCCGGACCGGCUCUUUUGUGUUCUCAUCAAUCCUGACAAGGAGGCUGGGAUCACUACUAGCAUGGUGUCAUACGGCGACUACGCCAACUCAACCAACAAAUGUUCUGAGUGAAUUGAAGAGACUCUUGGAAAGGGUUGAGGCUAAGAUAUAUUGGGAUGCUUGGAUCUUCCGGAUAUUAGGUGCACAAUAUCGAAUACGUUUGGGUCGACAGGUCUACCAAAGCCUAUAGUAUACAGUUUUGGAGCUCUCACAACUUAUUGCACAUGGCUCGACCCCGAGGCGACCAUAUCUGGAGCACAAAGAGUUACAGUUGAUAGAUGGAAGAACAAAGCUCAUUAUAUUCGUUUUCUGACCUCUCAUAUAAGUACAAAAUCUUCUCUACGAUUGCCAGUCUGAUACUUUAAGAUGACCGGCCCACUUAUUGCUACGGCACUCAAUGUCUACUGGAACAUGACUCCGAUCCUGGGAUCAAAUACUCUCUUCACAAAACCGGCAUUGGCUGCUACUACUACUAUACAUAAGCUAGAUAUAUGCGACGCGUCUAUUUUGCCUUCGUCCCUCCUCGGAGCAAUGGCAAAAACCCUGAAUGUCUAGAAGGAGUUCGAAAACUAGACUAUGACAUCUGGUGUGGUUCUGCCUUUAGCUCAUCCAUCAUCACAACAAGAUAAAAUCCGUGAUCCCGAUUUACGCAGCCUACGGUACCUCGAAGCUGGCCCUCUUCCUCUGGUCUUGGAAGAUCAGGAAUAUCAUGAAUAUACGACUUUCAGCCCGCUCGUUGGCGCGCAGUUUUGACACUCUACUGACGAUUUGUAUGAGCUUGUCAUUGUCAGAGAUGACGCAAGGCGUGCCUCUCAAAAGGCGUUUUUCAUAUCCCCGCGUUUGACCCAGUAGCCGACUAAAGAUUUGAUGUCCAAAAAUCCUACUAAGUAAGGCAUGUGGAAAUACCGUAGCCGUACAUACGACAUCAUCGUACUACUAAACGGUGUGAAUAUUAAUCCACUAUUCAUGGAAAGAAUCCUCAUGUCACGUUCCAGAAUCUUCGCAGCUCUUCUCACAGGAACAGCAAAGGUAAAAGCUGCCUGGCUAACAGAGAUUGUUCAUCCGCCACAGAAUGAAGAAGAGACUACUUCCUUGAUAGAAGAAUUCUGGCCUACUGUCGAGAAAGCAAAUGAUACCAGUUAUCGUGCGGAAAGCAAGGUUUCAAAAGAUAAUAUAAUCUUCACUUCCAAAGACAAGCCGAUGCUGAGAGCUGAAAAAGAAUUCAUCCAGCGGGAAUCAACACUUACAGAAUUCGGCUGGAGCUGGACUCCCUGUAUGAAUGAGGUUAUUAUUGUGUGGUAAGCAAUUAAAUAGUCCCAUAUCAACUGCACUAUUUCAAUUUUCAGAAAUAUUGAUUGCAUAACACAUUUUACACUCGAUUUCGGGAAUGUCUCUGUUCUGAAUAAUUGGAGAGCGAGCGACGAUUUUACGCGAAAUCUCCAAAAGAUGCCGGAUUGUACGGUAGUCUUCCAAAUCCCACUUCGAGAAUUUGCGCGAGAAGAGCGCAUUACUUUGUUCGGUUGAAGAUUUGAAAACAUAUGAAAUAAUAUGCUGCAAGGAAAUUGAAAAAGUAUCCCCAUCAUUUGUCACGGCUCAUAUCAAUAGACAUGCACUGCGGUGCGGUUUCUGCGUGUGGCAAGAUACACAGAUCAAUAGAAGCAUAACCAUGUUUCUUAUUCCGCGGAAUGGAUUGUGAUGAUUUUGUGGUGAUCAGCCAGCGGGUCAAAAACUGAAAGGUGACUGCCGUGAUUGUGCCACCAACACACAUGAACCAA